UUCAUAAGAUCGGUCAAGGCCCGUUCUUACACUGAAAAUUGCGAAUUGCGAAUAUGCUUAGUUGAAAUGGUAGUUUUAAGGAAAAGGACUAGGACUAUGAUAAGGAAUGAUAUGAACACUAAAAUAAAUCAUAUAGUGUGACGUAGGAGUCAGGAUGAGCAUUGAGUCGCCCCUCGUGCCUGUCAGUCGAGCGGACAGAAGUACGCAGCCAAGGCGAGUCGACGAGAGAGAUCGCUUGUGUCAACACACGUUUUCGCGGCACGGAAUAAAUGUCUUAACUAAAUAGUAAAACGGUGUUUUCGUACGUUACAUUGGCGACGAGUUCGAUCGAAUUUGCGCGAAUCGGACCGAAAGGAUGGCGCAAGGGCCGUCGUUUCGAUGUUUCGACGGGGAUGUUGACGAAUGGCAGGCGUUCCGGGAGCAGUUGGAGCAGUACUUUGUGGCCUGCGACGUCAAAGAAGAAGAGAAGAAGAAGGCAGUGCUCAUCAACCACUGUGAGCCGAAAACAUACAAGCUGCUUCGGGAUCUUUGCAUGCCGAAGGUGCCGUCAGCAAAAAAGUAUGACGACCUGUGUGAUUUGUUCGCGAAGCACUUCACACCACCGGUGAUCGUCCACAAAGAACGUCGUCUUUUCUGGAGAGCCACAAGAGGAACCGACCCCCCCGAGAGCGUCAAUGCCUGGGCGGCUCGAGUCAAAAAUCUGGCCUCCAACUGUAAGAUGGGGGACCACUUGCAGCACAGUUUGGUCGACAAAUUUGUGGACGGCUUGGAAGGAAAGGCGUACGAACGGAUCUGCGAAGAAGACGAGAAGCUGACCUUGGAGAAGGCGCUGGAGAUUGCCGUCAAGUACGAGCCGGAAGAACCCCGGCAGUCAUCGCUGUUCCAGUUCCAGCGCGGCAAGCAUCCGGCACAGCGCGGACGAUCCGUUCCAGAGCAGAAGACGGCCGGCACCGACGCGGGACGCUGCCUGGUGUGCAACAAGCCGGGACAUUUGGCUGACAGCUGUCGGUACAAGAACUACCAGUGCCGAAAGUGCCACGCGAAGGGACAUCUGCAAGCAGCUUGCCCGGUGAAGCGAAACUACUUCCUCGGGGAUCAGCGGGACGGAAGCGGCGUUGCUGAGGGUGCCUCAGACGCGAUCAACUUGGAGCAGAACUUCAUAAACUUCAGCCUUUGAUUCGGAUUUGAUCAAUGACCACACAUAUUUUCAUUCAAUCUAAAAAUGUAUUAUUAGCUUAGUGCGGGGGUGUGACGUAGGAGUCAGGAUGAGCAUUGAGUCGCCCCUCGUGCCUGUCAGUCGAGCGGACAGAAGUACGCAGCCAAGGCGAGUCGACGAGAGAGAUCGCUUGUGUCAACACACGUUUUCGCGGCACGGAAUAAAUGUCUUAACUAAAUAGUAAAACGGUGUUUUCGUACGUUACAUAUAGUGAACAGAUAAAUACAUAUAAACAGUAAAUUUGGAGAUGAUUCCAGGAAGUUGAUUCAAUUUCAAUGUAACAGAAAGAUUUGAUUUAAUUUGACCAUAAUAUCAACAUUUUGCUAAUUGCAACCUUU